UUCGCGAACCCGCUCCGAUGUUCCGAUGAAUCGCGGAACGUGGUUUGAAGUUCCGAUCUGAAUCAAAAGAUUCAUGAACCCGCUCUGAAGCUCCGAUCUGAAUCAAACGAUUUGCGAUAUGCACUUUGAAGCUCCGAACUAAAUCAAAUGAUUCGCAAACACGCUCCGAAGUUCCGGCUUAAGAAUUUUCUUAAAAAUCCCUUUUCCCUUUGGAAUAUUAUCCCCAAUUAUAUUUUCUCUAAAGUUGGUGGCCUGAAUUUUCUUUUACUCUGUAAUUAUAAUAUCUCAAAAAUCCCUGUCAAACUUUCUAAUUUCCAUAAGCAGAUGCUCUUGGCCUGGUCCCUCAUAUACAAACACAACUUCUCCCCGCACAAAUAUUACUUAUGGAACAAUAAGGAUAUUCUUUACAAGAAUAAAUCACUUUUCUUCAAGGAUUGGUUUGAAAACAAACUUCUUUUAGUUGGACAGCUUUUUAACUCACAAGGCAGACUUUAUAAUUAUUCAGAUUUUUUACAGAAAUAUAAUAUCCCUGUAUGUGCUGAUGAAUAUGCGAUUGUUUUCAAUGCCGUUCCCUCUGCUGUGUCUUUUCUGUUGCAAGGCUCUACAUUUCCAUGGCCGUGUUCUUACUCUCUGAAUUUAACUGACACAAUGAUUGGAGGUGUUUGCUUUUCUGAAGAUCGUCAGAAAAAUAACUAUAAAAUCAGAGCUCUCUUCCAGGCUGAGAUAACAACAAUUCCAUAUGUAAUACCGUAUUGGAAUAAUAUUGUGGAGAAUAUACCAUGGGAGAAAGUAUGGACCUUGCCUCAUAAGUAUCUGCUUACCAAUAAAGUAAAAGAAAUGACAUUUAAACUGAUUCACAAAUGUUACCCGACUAAAGUCUUUCUUAGGAAAUAUAAGUCUGACAUUGACGUGAACUGCAGUUUCUGUCAUUCUUCUGAAGAAGACUUCAUUCAUUUGUUUUGGCAAUGCACCCACACAGAGAAAUUCUGGUCUGAUUUUUUGGUGUUUAUUCAAUCUUAUUUUGUAAGUGACUUCUCAUUUUGUUUUAAAGAUGCUUUGUUUGGCUUAUUUGAAUAUUCUAAGGAGAAUACAGGAAAAUAUUACACAAUUAAUUUAUGUUUUCUGUUAGCUAAAUUUCACAUUCAUAAACAAAAGUUUACUGGCUCUAAACCUCUUUUUUCUUUGUUUAAAGUGGAUUUGGAUAUGUAUGUGGAAACUAUCCAAAGUUCUACUAAUUUGAAAGCUAUGAAAACUGUAUCUCUGUAUUCAUCCUUUGUGUCAUCUUAAGAUGUAAUUGUA